AAUAAGUAGAGAUAAGUGGAUUCAGACUUGGGAGUGGGAAACUGAGAAUUGAUCGGAACUUCAACCGGAGAAGCUAAGCAAAGUGCAAAGAGUGAUAAUGGCGUUGGAGCAAGCGGUGUUUGUGCUUAAACAUAGUCUCAUACUCAACGCUCCUUUAGCUGCUGGUUCCCAUAUCCCCCCUUCUCUGUCCCUCAAUUUUCAAACCUUAUCUCUUCGGCUGCCAUCCAGGAGCAGGGUGCACAUACGAUUAGUCUGCUUCUGCCGGGGCGGCGGUCCAAUCAGCGACAGCAGUAAUUGCAAAGGCGCCGUGGUUGAGGAGAAGCCAUACCCGCGGCCCGCGGAGAUCCAAUGGAAGAAAGAGCUUUGCAAUUCAGUGCAACUCAUUGGCGUCGUUGCGAAGCCCGUCCAAAUCAGGCACUUCGCCUCCGGGAAGGUCAUCGCUUGGUCCCGCCUCUCCGUCAAGAAGUCUCAACAAGAAAGCGGCCGGAUCGAUUUGAAGUUUUGGGGCGAAUUGGCUCACAUUGCUUUCCAACAUUUAAAGGAAGGUGAUCAAAUAUAUGUAUCAGGCCGCUUGGUCUUAGAUGCACUUGAAGGUGAAGAUGGUAAACAACAAACUUAUUAUAAGGUCACUGUUCAGCAAAUGAAUUUUGUUGGAAGGAACUCUUCUUCAUCAGCAGGGAUGCAUGAUGGCAGAAAGCAAAGGAAUGAUGUUGCUAAUAAUAGUCCGGGAUCCAUUGAGGAGUCAUAUGAAAAGCGUUUAAACGCUAUGGAAGCAGAAAAUGGUCGAAUGGCAGCGAAACAUGAUGAGUUGGAGGCCAAAGUAGCCAUGUUUGAGCAAAUGGUUCGUGAGAUGAAUAUGAACAAAAUGACUCAGAAGCCAGAGGGUGAUGAUGAUGAUGAAUUGGAUGAAGGUGGCGACAGCGUUGACGAUGAUGUGAAUUGGUGAGUUGAAAUACAUUCAUUUAUUUAUAUGGGAUGUUUAAUUUUGGUUGGGUAGGAACUGAUGUGUAGCUUCUUUUAAUUUAGUGGAUUUUUUAUACAUAUACUCUCUUAA